CUUCAGUGUGCCCGGUGCCGCCGGGAUAACAUUCGGUGUGAAGCAAGAGCGAUUGGCGUUCCCGUUCAUGAUCCGCAAGGUUACAAAAAGUAUACUGGUCUCAGCCUCAGUUGCAAAUACUGUGCCGCUACCCGGGCGACUCCAUGUGGCGCGUGGAUGCGUUGUUGGGGAGACUCCAAUCCAUGGGUAGCGACGGAGGAUGUGAUGAACACUGACUUGAAGCAUGAAAAGGUCAGAAUGAGAGUUAAGUCCACGCAGGAGGCGCAAUCGAAACCGGUCCAAAAGCAAACUGUUCAGAAGGUGCAGGUGGAUAUCGCACCGCAGAUGAACAAAGUGUCGCGUGUAUCGCGACAAGAGCACAUCUUAGAACUGGCACGGAAAAUGGAUAAGGCGGAGUGGGAAAAGGAACGGGAGCUGGUUCGCAAUAGUGCCAUUGCGCGUUCAUCCAUGCUUCUUGCAGACGCUGGGUUGCAAGUUGGACUUCACCAAGAAUUGCAACUGGUACCGAGCAUAUCGUCAGAGAAACAACAUUUUCUGGGUGAAAAUGUUGGCCGGACACAAUGGAUAGAUCGGAGUGCCGUUGAUGUGCAAAUGCAAGAACUCCCCGUCAAUCCCACCUUUAGUUUGUCCAUGCCAGACGUAGAUAAAAUUGUGCGCGUCGACGAAGACUCUGGUCACAAGUUUCCCGCUGCUAAAGGAUUUGACUCAUUCUCCACGUCGCAUCCAUCGAAUCAAAGCUUGAGCGCGGAUCUGAUAUUUUCCGACCCACAGCCCUCAGAGCUUGUUCGCGAUACCAGGGAUAGCCCUGCUUACGGCGAUAAUAUGCACCACUCGAACGAUUCAUAUGAUCAUACAGGCUUGGGAAAGCGAACCUUCGAAACUGCAUUCAGUGCGGAUACCAUACAUGAAUCUGACGCUGACGCGCAAAGCUUAUCCUAUCCGUUACCGACUGCUGAGUUAUUGCGUGCGAAGACAUCCAUUGAACACGAGAAUAUAGAGGAAGACCUGUCACUACGUCCAUUCGAAUCUGAGGAAACUCCAGAAAGCACCUCUGGAGAUCCCCUCAAUACGUCACUCGCAAAGCUCAAGGAAACUUUUAUUGAUGUCGUUCGACAGUUACAAGCCGAUAAGGCUGACCUGGUGGCAGAACUGGAGGCUUCUAAGAUGUAUUCCAAGAGAUUGGAGGAGUCGGAGGCACGUUGUAGACAGGAGAACUUUCAGUUGAAUGCAGAGAAGCGGCAGUUAGAGGAAUCUCUGAAGCAAUCAUUGUUGAAAGGUGCCGAGGCCGAUGAGAGACUGAGGUUCGUGCAUUGGAUUGUGGAAGAGACACGGAGAAACCGGCAGGUUCCAAACGCUUGAAGGUGGAUGCACGUUGAUUUAGGAACUGUAUAUCAUUGAAUCUAAUCUCUCUGUUAAUGAUUG